UAUCAACAGUAUUAUUUAUGAUAAAAUUGAUUAUAAUUAUUAUUAGGAAAACUAUUUCUCCAGUUGUAUUCUUACAUUAUACUUUAGUCCAUCAUUCUAUUGAAAUCACAAGUUAGCUCCCUUGGACACCGUUAUUGAACGAGUUAAAGGAAAUCGCCAUCUUGCUGUCAACUUUAAGUAAAUGGUUUCAUUGCAAUCGUCGACUUGCAUUGUGAUUUGAACGAACAUGGGAGAUAUCAAGCAGUUUUUAUAUGCUUGGUGUGGUAAACAGAAGGUCACUCCUGUUUACGAAUUCAACACUGGUGGACCGAAACAUAAACCUCGGUUCAAAUGUGAAAUUCGGGUUGAUAAUUUCGACUACAUUGGUGUUGGUAAUUCAACAAAUAAAAAAGAUUCCCAGGCAAAUGCUGCUAGGGAUUUUGUCCAGUUCUUAGUUCGGCAGGGACAGGUCCAACAAUCAGAAGUGCCUACUUUAACUGUUGGCAUGGGUGCUGGGACAGCAGAAACUGUGUCUGGAAAUGACACACCUGCAGAUGAUAUGACUGAUUCUGGAAUAUCUUCUGGUGGCUCUUUCCCUGGAUUAGACGCUAACAGAGAUAUUCCUGCUUAUCAAAGGGGCCCACCAAUGAGUUAUUUGGACCGACUUGCAGAAAAAAGGAAAUUGGAAGAAUCAGAAGAUCUUGACUUGAAUGCUAGUAUUCACGGCAACUGGACACUGGAAAAUGCUAAAAGCAGACUCCAUCAAUUUCUGCAGCAAAAUAAAAUACAAGCUGAUUAUAAAUAUUCUAUGAUAGGUCCAGAUCAUAAUCGGAGCUUCAUUGCCGAGAUGAAAAUCUAUGUCAAAUCUAUUGGGAAGCAUGUAUCAUCACGAGAGCAUGGUUCAAAUAAACAAGUGGCUUCCAAAUCAUGUGCUUUGUCUUUGGUACGCCAACUCUAUCACAUGAAUGUUAUUGAAGCUUACACCGGUUUGAAGAAAAAGAAAGAUGCUGAUAAGAUACCACCAUUUGAAGUUUCCAUUAGUCCUGAAUUGGAAACUAGUCUGGAUGAAGCUUUGCAUGCAUGGAAUAUCGAGCCUAUUCAAGUACCUGCUGAACUUUCCCCGGAGCCAUUCUCACUAGUAACUCAUACUCAACUGGAUGAAUUUGUUCCUGCACCUAAACGUCCUCAGCCAGGUGUGGUUUCUUGGUGUCCACCACAACCCAACUGGAACCCUUGGACAAAUUGUAACAUCGAUGAAGGUCCUUUGGCGCAUGCCUCAAUGGAACAAAUCAGUCAGGAUGUGUACCGGUCACUAGAAGAACAGAGAGCCAAUGAUAGAGAUCUUCAGGCUAUGCUCCAUGAUCGAAGCAAGUUACCUAUCAAUCAAUCUAGAGAUCAUAUUGUACACGUUAUCAAAACUUCCCCGGUUGUUCUCAUAAGAGGAGAAACUGGAUGCGGUAAAACAACACAGGUCCCUCAGUUUAUUUUGGACGGCAUGGUUGCAGAAGGCAAGGGUGCUGACUGUAAUAUAAUUGUGACUCAGCCUAGAAGAAUCAGUGCCGUAUCCAUCGCCGAAAGGGUCGCUAUGGAAAGGAAUGAGAACUUGGGGCUGAGUACUGGCUACAGUGUCAGAUUUGAAAGUGUUCUACCUCGGCCCUAUGCAGCUAUUCUCUAUUGUACAUUAGGAACAUUAUUACGACGAUUAGAGAAUGGCUUGCGUGGUGUUUCUCAUGUAAUUGUUGAUGAAAUCCAUGAAAGAGACAUAAAUACUGACUUCUUGUUGGUGUUACUCCGGGAUAUGUUAGCAACUUAUAGUGAACUGCGUGUUGUACUUAUGUCUGCUACUGUAGAUGUAACUCUGUUCUGUGAAUACUUCGGCAAUUGUAGAGUGGUAGAAGUUUAUGGCCGAGUUUUUCCAGUUCAAGAUUAUUUCUUAGAGGAUUGUAUUCAAAUGACUAAUUUCGUGCCACCACCAUCAGAUAGAAAGAAAAAGAAAGAGAAAGAUGAGGAUGGAGAAGAUGGUGACAAAGAGGAAAAUUGCAAUUUGCUGAUAUCUGGUGACUACUCAGAAGCCACUCGAAGAGCAAUGGCUAUGUUAAAUGAGAAAGAAAUGUCAUUUGAAUUAAUUGAAGCAUUACUACAAUACAUCAAAAGUCUGAAUAUUCCCGGUGCUGUCUUAAUUUUCUUACCUGGCUGGAAUCUCAUCUUUGCUCUACAGAAACACCUGGAGAUGUCGGCUGAGUUUGGCUCUUCUAGGUAUCGAAUUCUUCCUUUACAUUCACAAAUACCUCGAGAAGACCAAAAGAAAGUAUUUGAAAGCGUGCCACCUGGUAUUACGAAGAUUAUUCUCUCAACCAAUAUUGCUGAGACCAGUGUGACCAUCAAUGAUGUCGUCUAUGUCAUUGACUGUUGCAAAGCUAAAAUGAAACUCUUCACUUCACACAACAACAUGACUAAUUAUGCUACUUUAUGGGCUUCCAAAACUAACUUGGAACAACGUCGUGGGCGUGCUGGACGUGUUCGGCCUGGAUUCUGCUUUCAUCUUUGUAGCAGAGCCAGGUAUGAAAGGCUAGAACAACAUACAACACCUGAAAUAUUCCGCACACCACUUCAUGAAUUAGCAUUGGCUAUCAAACUGCUAAGGCUCGGGUCUAUUGGUCUAUUUUUGGCCAAAGCUGUUGAGCCACCUCCUAUUGAUGCUGUUAUUGAAGCUGAAGCCCUAUUAAAAGAAAUGCGUGCUCUUGAUUCUAAUGAUGAAUUAACUCCUUUGGGCCGUAUUCUUGCCAGACUUCCUAUUGAACCUCGCUUAGGAAAAAUGAUGAUUUAUGGUUGCCUGUUUUACUGUGGAGAUGCUGUGUGUACAGUUGCUGCUAGCACUACGUUUCCAGAACCAUUUAUAACACAUGACCGGAAGCGCCUUGGCUGGAUACAUAAAAAUCUGGCUGGUACAAGAUGCAGUGAUCAUGUAGCCUUAUUGAAUGCAUUUCAACUUUGGGAAGAUGCUCGUAUGGCUGGUGAAGAUAGUGAAGCUUGCUUUUGUGACAAUAAAUCUCUUUCAAUGCCAACGUUGCGAAUGACAUGUGAAGCAAAGAAUCAGUUAAGAGAUAUUCUUACCAAUACUGGUUUCCCAGAAGAAUGUAUGUUGCCCAAAGUAUACAAUUACACUGGACCCGAUGGUAAUUUAGAUAUUGUGACAACGCUCUUAUGUAUGGGUCUUUAUCCCAAUGUUUGCUAUCAUAAAGAAAAGCGUAAAGUACUCACUACUGAAAGCAAGCAUGCCUUAGUUCAUAAAUCAUCAGUGAACUGCAGUAAUUUUGAAAUUCAUUUUCCUUCUCCGUAUUUCAUAUUUGGGGAAAAGAUACGUACUCGUGCUGUGUCUUGCAAACAAAUGACAAUGGUAUCACCCAUCCAGUUACUGCUCUUUGCUUCUCGUUCUGUGACAUUUCAUGAAGAUUUGGUUAUUCUUGAUGAAUGGAUUAAUUUAAAAAUGAACCCUAAUAUUGCUGCCAAAAUUGUCGCUCUCCGUCCGGCCAUGGAAGCCCUAAUAGUGCGAGCCACCCAGAACCCAGCUGUAAUUAACCAGCCAGGACCCCAAGAGUCUUCGCUGAUGAGUGCUGUGAGAUUUUUAUCUCAACCAAAUGCUGGUCGCUUUGGACUUGCUGACCAGACCGAAAAUGGACCCCCAAACAAAUUUGCUCGGUUCGGUGGAGGUGGGAGAGGAUUUCGGAACUUCAGCCGAGGGGGCAGCUUUGAGGGUGGGUCCCGAGGAUAUGGGGGUGGCUAUGGCAGUAAUUACCGUGGUGGGAUGAGUACAGGGUUCACCAACAACUGGAGAGGUGGUGGCGGAUUCCGCGGUGGAUACAAUCGUGGUGGGUAUAACAGAGGUGGAGGUUAUCAGCGAUCUGGGGGUGGUGGGGGUUACUACUGAAUUCAAUAAAUACCUAGAACACUAUAAUGGAUGAACGUUGUUUUCAUCUUGGAUGUUUGAGCUUUCUUUACCAGUUCCAGCUCAUAACUGGAAUUUCUGCUACAACUAUUGUUAGUUGCAGUCACUUGACCAAAGGCCCAAAUAUUAGUCUCAUCUUCAUCUCCCUUCCCCUUAUAAAUAUAUGUAGACUAUUUUGUUGUUUAGUUUUAUAUCUUGUGAAAUUGGUUUAGUUCCUUUAGUUUGAAACAAUGUGUUUCUUGUUCUAUGUAAAUCAUUUUGCAGGUUUCCUAAGGACAGGUUUGUUCCCUUCAAUGAGGGCAAAAGGCAGUGUUUUGUCAAGGUCUUUUAAUUACAGGUGUAGUUAAAAUAAAAUCUCUUGUUAUUAUUUGUUUCUUCUGGCAUAAAAUUCCCUUAUAAUUAUUGAAGCUGCAUGUUUCUGGUUGUUUGUGAAUUAAGUAAUUAAGUUGUUUAGUUCCUUUAGUUUGAAACAAUAUGUUUCUUGUUCUUAUUGAAAAGUUUUAUGUAAAUCAUUUUGCAGGACAGGUUUGUUCCCUUCAUUGAGGGCAAAAGGCAGUGUUUUGUCAAGGUCUUUUAAUUACAGGUGUAGUUAAAAUCUGUUAUUGUUUCUUUUGGCAUAAAAUUCCCUUAUAUUAUUGAAGCUGCGUGUUUCUGGUUUGUAAAUUAGUAAUUAAGUGAAUAAGACUGCAAACAAUCCAUUCUGUAUCACACAAUGUGUGAUGGUUUAUUCUCAGUAGGCUGUAACUUUUUUUAUUUUUGCUUAUGAAAAUGCCAUAUGUAUUUUUACAUAGGCAAAAUUAGCUCCUUUAUAUAGUUAAUUAACCUUUUGUUAGUUUACUCUGAGUUUUCAUCAUAUCUUUAUCACUGACCAUUUACAGUCGAAGCUCAUAAUUCUUUCAUAACCCUCUUAGCUGCUACUUAAAAAUCUGCCAGCCAUAUCCUUUUGUUAGUCUUUCUGAAAAUGCUCCCACAGAGAAAAGAAAUUUCCACUCUUACCACCGCGACCACCACCGCCACCACCUCAUAGUUGAUUAUCAGUCCGAGUGUUAAGAAUUUAUGAAUGGCCACCCCCCAUCCCCCAGUCAGCUAAAAGUAAUCAGUUAGUAUUGACUCAUUAUUUUCUAAGCAGGAUUAAUUAUCUCUUCUGUAAAAACCAGGAAAUUAUAUUGGGAACAAUAUUAUUUCUAAUGUUUCUCUUGUCCAAAAUGGAAGUAAUUGCAGGAUACCAUCUGAAGUCUUAUUGAUUACAGCUUUUAAACUGUAAAUGGGAGACUGUUUUCAUUUGGCAGGAUGAAUGAGAUUUUUUUUUCCUGAAGUUUUAAUUUAUGGUGAAAGAUUUUUUUUUGAUCAAAAUUAACAACAAAUGGUUUGAUCUCUUGGCCAACA